CUAUGGAAAAUUUAAAUGAAUUUACCCUUAUUACCCCUAAGAUCCCAAAUGACAAUUAUCUAAAAGAACAAAAAAAAAUAUUUUCGAUUUUCUUUUUCUAAAUUUCCAUAUUUUUAAUCCAUUACCAUUUCGGGCUUCCGUUCCUUUUCUACAUUUUCCAAAUCAGUUAGUAUUUAAUAAAAAAAAAAGUUGACCCCACAUCAUGGAAACGGCAGUAAUGAACAGGAACAACCAGAUUUCCAGGGCACAUGACGACUUGAACCUUUGGUGCCGGGCCCUUCAGGUGUCGCCUGCAACACUCCUGGCCAUGUCUGAUAGGGAUAUUGAGGACCGAGUGGAGUAUAUCAGACGUCAAGCAGGUGCUGCCUAUCGAAUGGGGGUUAUCCCUGCUCCUGGGAACUACUAUCGACAGAGAGGUGGUGCUCAAGUCUUUGAGAUUUACGAAGAUGAUGAUGAGCAACAAGAACCGGACUCCCCUUCAUCAUUUAGAGAUGAUGCGAAUGCUACAUAUGAUGUCGAUGAUCCAGCUUUCGAUUGGACUGAAGAUUCCGGUAUUGAUGAUGCAACUUACAACGUAAGUGAACCAGUGAAUAAGAGCAUUCCUGAGAUUGAUGCAAAUGCGACGUUUACAAUACGAAGUAACGCUUCGAAUCGUACCCCUACGAAUUUUGAAAGCUUCGAGCGGGGGGUGAGUGCCCAGCGUGCCAGUAGUUUCAACGCCACUCCCGCAAGCUUUGGUAGUUUUCAACGAGGAGUGGCGCGGGCUUCAUCACCGCGGAGAGCAAUAUGUCCUGCUCCUGGUGGAAAUGAGAGCUAUGGAAGUUUUGCUCGUGGAGCGGCCGCCCGACCAACUGGCAGUCCCCGGGUGCCAGCAGCACGUAAUCAAUCGGCCAGUAGCUAUGGAAGCUUCGCAAGCGGUGUAGGUGCUAACUCGACUCCAAAGAGUUAUGCAAGAUCUGGUAGUCCACGAAGAAGAAGAGUGCUACCCUAUUGUCCAUGCCCAGGAGCUAAGUAAAUACAGCGAUAGCCUAACAUCAUCUACAUCUUGAGGAAGCAACCCAGACGAAAACAUGGAUUCUGGAAAUGACAAUGCUGUGGCGUUGAGUAGGUUUACUUGGAUUCGUCCCCACAAGUUUGAGUAACAAAACUAAUGAAAUGUACCGAAUUCGUGUAUUGCAAGUCAAUUUUUAUUAUCAAUGUAUAUAAUUGGGGGUUGAUUUAUAUAGAACGGAAUGGUAACAA